AUGUGUAGAGGUCGACAAAGCACGUCAGACUGGGGCAUCGGUGGGGUCUUGAUACAACGUCUUUCGAUCUCACUCUGUCGUGAUUUGUGUCGUCGCACCAAGUCCAUCGACGAGGGGCCCAUCAUGAUGCUGGGUGAAGCAUUUGCGAAAUCAACGCCGUGCGCUCGGUUCGCCUCGUCUUGCGCGGACGACUCGCCUUGCACUUGCAAAUCAUCAAGAGCCACUCCGGCAUUGACUCACUUCCGGCUCAUUGAGCCACCGCUUCGCCGCAAGACCAGGGCUUUCCCCGCGUCGGCGAACCGGGCUGGCCUCGGCAUCGCAACCACCAAAACCUCGGACUGUACCCUCCGCGGCGUAGCGUUGGACGAAGCCGACGAAUGUCACUCUGCCCGCGCCCUCUCCCUCCGCAGUCGCCCUGCCCAGACGUGA